UUAAUCGGUCUGGUAAUACUUCUAAUUGUUCCCGUUGCAGUUUGUCCGAGUAUAACAUCUCACUAUCAGGCAACCUACAAAGCCCUAAUCCGUAUAACCGGUAAACACAACGCAGGUCGCCGAUGCCCUCUCAAGAUGGAUUCUCACUCUUCGAGCACAAUUGACCUAGAAGUAGGUCAAUCGGAAAUUCAAAAGCGAUUGACCGUUACUUUUCGCAACAUUAAUGUUCAUGUGACAGCCCCGGAUAUGGCGUUGGGAGAGACAUUGGCGUCGGUCGCAGAUCCACGACAAGUUCUAAACAACUUUCGCAAAGAUCAGCGGCCAAAAAGGACUAUCCUCAAAGAUGUCACUGGACAGGUCAAACCUGGGGAGAUGUUACUUGUUUUAGGGAGACCAGGAUCCGGAUGUACGUCUCUUCUACGUGUUCUAUCUAAUGAUCGGGACUCCUUCGACGAGGUGGUUGGAGAGACCCAGUAUGGGAGUAUGGACCAUAAAGAAGCAAAGAGAUUCCGACAGCAAAUUAUGUUUAAUAACGAAGACGACGUUCACUUUCCAACACUGACAGUGAACCGUUCAAUUAAAUUCGCACUUCGCACCAAAGUUCCGCGCGAACGUCCCGAGCAUUUGAAGGACGAAAAAGAAUUUGUCCAACAAAAGCGAGAUAGCAUCUUAGAAUCUCUGGGAAUUCCACAUACGAAGAAGACACUGGUGGGCAAUGAAUAUAUUCGUGGUGUCUCUGGCGGAGAGAGGAAGAGAGUAUCACUCGCCGAGGUGAUGGCUGGACAGAGCCCGGUCCAGUUCUGGGAUAACCCAACUCGUGGCCUAGAUUCAAAGACUGCCGUGGAAUUUGCACAUAUGCUGCGACGUGAGGCUGACGAGAAUAGCAAAACCAUUGUCGCUACAAUGUACCAAGCUGGAAAUGGGAUCUACGACGAAUUUGACAAAGUUUUGGUUCUAGCUGAAGGUCGAGUGAUAUACUACGGACCCCGCCAUUUAGCCCGGGGCUAUUUCGAGGACAUAGGGUUUAUAUGCCCCAAAGGAGCCAAUAUUGCUGACUUUCUUACCUCGGUGACAGUCCUUACUGAGCGUAUCGUCCACUCUGGGAUGGAAAAUGAAGUGCCAACUACUGCUUCACAGUUCGAAGCUGCUUAUCGAAAGAGUGGGAUUUAUAUUGAAAUGAUUGAUGGAAUUGUUGAACCGGACAAACUGAAGAGUGAAAAUGAUGAUUUUAUUAUGGCAGUCUCCAAAGAGAAGCGAAAAACGCAUAUUCCUCGUUCUCAGAGCCCUUACACUGCCAAUCUCCGGGAUCAAAUUGUGGCUUGCACUAUACGUCAAUUUCAAAUCGUGAUGGGUGAUAGGCUUUCACUGGCAAUUAAAGUAGGGUCAGCAGUAAUUCAGGCUCUUGUCUGCGGCAGUCUCUUCUACAACCUUGAACUCGACAGCUCAUCUAUUUUCCUAAGACCCGGGGUUCUUUUCUUUCCUGUUCUAUAUUUCUUGUUGGAAUCAUUAGGUGAAACAACCGGUGCUUUCAUGGGUCGUUCGAUUUUAGCUCGCCAGAAACGGUUUGCGUUUUAUCGUCCGACAGCUUUCUGUAUCGCCAACGCUAUAACCGAUAUUCCAAUCGUCAUCCUACAGGUCUCAUGUUUUUCGCUUAUUCUAUACUUCAUGACUUCGUUACAGAGAGGUGCAGGGAAAUUCUUUACAUUUUGGGUUAUCGUUUGCGUGAACACACUCUGCUCUAUGCAGCUCUUUCGCACGAUAGGUGCUUUGUGUAGGAAAUUUGGAAAUGCCUCGAAGAUGUCAGGACUACUGUCUACGGUAUUCUUUGUUUAUGGAGGUUACCUCAUCCCCUUCAACAAGAUGCACGUCUGGUUCCGUUGGAUUUUCUACCUCAACCCCAGCGCGUACGCCUUCGAAGCUCUGAUGGCCAACGAAUUUAGUGGCUUAAAACUAAGAUGCGUGGAGCCAGAUUACAUUCCAUAUGGAAUUGGAUACUCGGACUUCGGGUCCGCUAAUCGUGGUUGCUCUGUGAUUGGCAGUAAUGAUGACGGAAUCAUUGACGGGGCGGACUAUAUAAGAGACCAGUACCACUAUUCAUCGCACCAUAUCUGGCGCAGUUUUGGAGUCAUCGUUGGAAUGUGGAUAUUCUUUAUCUUCCUAACCUCAAUUGGCUUCGAGAUGAGAAAUAGUCAAUCCGGCUCCUCAGUUUUGUUAUACAAACGUGGAAGCGAAAAAAAGCGAUCCUAUUCCAACGAUACGGAGAAGACUGGUGGCCUGCCCAGUACUGAAACGGGGCUUGCUUUGACUAAGAAGGUGAAGCAGUCUACAUUCACUUGGGCUCAUAUUGACUACCAUGUUCCUUACCAAGGGCAAAAGAAGCAACUGUUAAACCAAGUGUUUGGAUACGUAAAGCCAGGGAACUUGGUUGCGCUGAUGGGAUGCUCUGGUGCAGGAAAGACUACGCUGCUUGAUGUUUUGGCUCAGCGGAAAGACAGCGGCGAGAUCCACGGGUCCAUUCUGAUUGAUGGUCGUCCGCAAGGUGUUAGUUUCCAACGGACCACCGGAUACUGCGAGCAAAUGGAUGUCCACGAAGCUAGUGCGACGGUGAAAGAAGCCCUAAUUUUUUCUGCAUUACUUCGUCAGCCAGCCUCGGUACCACGAGAAGAAAAGCUGGAGUAUGUGGACUACAUUAUCAACCUUUUGGAGCUUACGGACAUCCAAGAUGCUCUCAUUGGCAUUCCCGGAGCUGGUCUAAGUAUCGAGCAACGCAAGAGAGUCACACUAGGAGUGGAGCUUGUGGCAAAGCCCACCCUACUCUUCCUAGACGAGCCUACUUCUGGUUUGGAUGGGCAGUCUGCGUACAAUAUCAUUCGCUUCCUAAGAAAACUUGUCAACAGUGGACAGGCAGUGCUGUGCACUAUCCAUCAGCCCUCCGCGGUUCUUUUCGAUGCUUUCGACUCCCUUCUUCUGCUUGCUAAGGGUGGUAAAAUGGCUUAUUUCGGUGAGACCGGCCAAGAGUCUGGUAAAGUUCUAGACUAUUUCGCCAGAAACGGCGCACCCUGUCCCCCUGAUGCCAACCCAGCUGAGCACAUUGUUGAGGUUAUUCAAAGGAACGAGGAACAUAAAACCAACUGGGUCGAUGUCUGGAAUCAGUCAGAAGAACGCCAGCAGGUUCUUGCGGAGUUAGAGGCUCUUAACAAUGAAAGCAAGGCGGCUACAGACGAAGAGGAAGACCAGUCGGACUACGCAACAUCAUGCUGGUUUCAAUUCUGCAUGGUUCUUAAAAGGAUAAUGACCCAACUUUGGAGGUCACCUGACUACAUGUGGAACAAAAUUAUCCUCCACGUUUUCGCCGCCCUAUUCAGUGGCUUCACCUUUUGGAAAAUGGGAAACACCUCUUUUGAUAUGCAGCUCCGUCUGUUUGCUAUUUUUAAUUUCAUUUUUGUGGCCCCAGGAUGUAUCAACCAGAUGCAACCAUUUUUUCUGCACAAUCGAGAUAUUUUUGAAACGCGCGAGAAAAAGUCUAAAACAUACCACUGGAUGGCUUUCAUUGGCGCGCAAGUUGUGUCCGAGAUACCAUACUUGAUUAUUUGUGCUACGCUCUAUUUUCUCUGCUGGUAUUAUACCGCUGGCUUUCCAACUACAUCGAGUGUUGCUGGGCAUCUCUAUCUCCAAAUGAUAUUCUAUGAAUUCCUGUACACAUCACUCGGCCAGGCAAUCGCUGCAUAUGCACCCAAUGAAUACUUCGCCGCAAUCAUGAAUCCUGUUAUCAUCGGUGCCGGCUUGAUCAGUUUCUGCGGAGUUGUGGUGCCGUAUACACAAAUGCAGCCAUUCUGGCGGUACUGGUUAUAUUAUCUAGACCCUUUCACCUAUCUCGUCGGCGGCCUACUCGGCGAAGUACUGUGGGAUGUCAAGGUAGAAUGUGCGGCAUUUGAAUUAGUGCACUUCAGUGUCUCCACUUUGAAUCAAACAUGCGGUCAAUACAUGUCGGAGUUUUUGAGUCAACAACCAGGGUAUCUGGUAGAUCCGGAUUCGACAUCGACGUGCUCUUUCUGCCAAUACUCGACAGGGGCAGACUAUGCCAGGACAUUCAAUUUGAAUGAGAAAUAUUAUGCGUGGAGAGAUACUGGAAUUACCGCGCUGUUUUGCAUUUCGUCGUAUGCUUUUGUGUUUCUCAUGAUGAAGUUAAGAAGUAAAAAGACGAAGAGUGCAAGAUCGGAGUAACUUCCGAGUCUGAGGAUUUGUUAGAAAGUGUCAGGGGAUUCCUACUCCAUUUGAUUCAAACUGCAUAGAGUUUUGAUAGACAACUAGAGAUAGACUGUACCAUAGG